UUCGAGUACCCGGAGUGCCAGUCAACCAUCUACGGCCAAUCCACCGCCCCGACCAUGAGCGACACCGUCGUCAUCACCGUCGACAACUCUCUCAUCGGCAAGAGCGGCGCCAUCCAAUGGCCAGGCGUCCGCACGGCAGCUACGCCGUCCGCAGACGGGAUUGAGAGCGUGGUGUUCACGUACAGAUUCAUGGAGGACCAGCCCACAGUGUUCACCGACGUGCAGGGAAGCGAGGCUGAGCCGUGCGCCGGCGGCAGCGCAUGCACCAGCACCAACACGGUAGACAGUGCAGUCAGUGCGCCAUGGACAGACGAGGAACGGACCGCCGACGACUGCGUGCGCACAACCGAUCGAGAAGUCCUGCUGUACGGUGGCGACGGCAGGGUCCGUGCCGCCGCCGUGUGCCAAGAAGCGCAGCUUAUGGCCGGUAACUCUGUUAUCUACCUCAACGACGAAGGCCCGGUCGAGCGGCUCCUUCAAUGGGUUGCAGGUAUAUGCGGGGGCAGCGGCCAUGCCUGCGCCGAAGCGCAAAUCAUGGCCAAUAACCCUUAUGUCCACCAGAAUGGCCUGGUCCAUUGGCUCCUCCGGUAGUCUCUCGGCAGUUACGCGCUGUUCAAAGUGAGGUUUGAAGGUCAAAGAAAUCACAGUUUGAAAUCCCCACCGCCCGGUCUUGUUAGUACCCAAUAUCGAAGCCAUGGAGGACAUUUAAGCUAGCUUUGGAAAUGCUUUGAGUCUCAUCAGGUGAUGUCAAUCACAGAACACGUCUGCCUAUAUCCCAAUGUUUAUGUCCAAGCAAAUCCUCGCGUUCGCAGCCUUCUUGAUUUCUCCUUUUCUUUUCAUUGUAAAUAAACAUCGUCCAUUUUCCUUGCCGCUGCUUCGAGUUUGUAAGUUUUUUCGCAGGUGUAUUUCUUUGUAAUCUAGUGGAUAGAUAUGUGAUUGUGUAAAUGUGUAAUUUAUCGGUCACUGAAUGUAUGAUAAUCCAGAUGUUUGUAAUAACUAUACAUCUAAUAAUAUUUUUGU